UCUAUUGUCCAGUAUUUAAGGAAGCCUUAGUUAUAUAGGCCAUGGCCACUGCUCUAAGUGAAACGCUUCGUUUUCUCGUAACGACCCUUGGUUACUUCUUUGGCUUUCGCUAUCAUCAUCAGACCAGACGCAAAGUCCUUCCUGAAAACUACUACUACAACAACAUGCCCAAGAAGGGUCGACCUCUUUCUUUGCAGACUGUGGAGCUCAAAGUCAGGAUGUGCUGCAGUGGCUGUGAGCGAGUUGUGAAAAACGCCGUAUACAAACUCAGAGGGGUCGACUCUGUGGAGGUCAACCUUGAGAUGGAGAAGGUGACGGUGGUGGGGUACGUGGAUCGGAACAAGGUGCUCAAGACGGUGAGGAGAGCCGGGAAAAAGGCUGAGUUUUGGCCCUACCCAAACCCGCCGCUCUACUUCACCACUGCCACGGAGUACUUCAAGGACACCACCAAUGAGUUCAAGGGGAGUUACAACUACUACCGCCACGGCUACAAUGUCGGCGACAGGCAUGGCAACAUCCCUGUAACCCACCGCGGCGACGACCGAGUCAGCAACAUGUUCAACGACGACAACGUGAAUGCCUGCUGUGUCAUGUAAUAUCUGCCUAUGCAUAUGACCAUUCAAAUAUUUGCUUUAUAUAUAUAGUAUUUGUAUUACUUAAAUAUGUACUGUUCACAAAAGAGAAUAUGCAAUGAAUGUAAAUAAAUUAGCUAUACAUAUAUGUACGUGUUCUAAAACAAGUGCAUAAAGAAGAAAUCUUGUGUCACA